CGUCAGGUCGUAUUGUUGUGUUUUCAUGUGGGUGGAUGGGCGGGUCGUAGGUUGCCACCUGUUCAAGAGAACGGUAUAGUUGCAGCCCGAACGUUCAGCCGAGAAUUCGCCACUUGUUGGAUUUUUCUGUGGAUCGUGCAAUCGUAAUCGCAAAAAUGCGUUCAGAUUCACGGAACAACGUCGAGGAAUCGAACUUUGGAAACAGCAUAAUGACGGCAGGAGUCACGUGUCGAAAAUCCUCAAGAACAUCCUGUCAACGGGAACUCGAACUUACCGACUCGUCGUCGAUCAGCGAUGAUACGUGUACCGGGUCGGAUGGACAAGGUCGGAACGGCAGCGGAACAAUUAGGACCGGCAACCGGAGGAAGCGCAAGUCCAGUGGCAAAGACAAGAACGUCCGAAGACUAGAAAGCAAUGAGAGGGAAAGACUGCGAAUGCAUAGCAUCAACGAUGCCUUUCAGUCGCUUAGGGAAGUGAUACCACAUGUCAAAAAAGAUCGGCGGUUGUCAAAAAUCGAAACGCUCACAUUGGCCAAAAAUUACAUCAUCGCCCUGACCAAGAUCAUAUGCGAAAUGAGAGGCGAACUGGACCCGUCCAAGGACUCACAUGAAGGAUCCGAUAGUGCGGCUGUCUCCUCAGCUGCCACAAACACAGGGCCGUCAUCGUCGGUAGCGGCGGCAACAGCGGCAGCUGCCGAAAUCGACAGACGGCUGCAAUUGGUGCUGCAAAACUCGGACGAAUCGAUGGAUCUUUCUUAAUCGACGGCGAAGCAGCAGCAGUUGCCGUCACCAUGACCACCACCAAUCCACCGUAACCAUAUUCGUAUUUACAUAUUAUUAUUUGCUUAUCUAAACGGUUAAAAUACUUUCAAACGUAUUUUGAUUGAAUUCAAGUCAGUUUAUCCAUUUCCGUCAUAGCUCAUACAGAUAUACAUACGUUUCCAUUAGUUAAUAAGUUAUAAUAUAAUAUCGUAUCUACCUAUUAGGUAUAUCAUAUUCUAUAAUUAUAUAUUAUGUCCCAAUUGCAGACUAUAGCUCUUUACACAAAAAGUUUUCAAUCAGUUUCUGCCUAGUAGAAAAAAAACCGAAACACCAAUACACAUUAUACUGAACUAUUUAUAACUAUUCAUAUUAUAAUUAUUAAUUAUUAUACUAUAUUGUAGGUAUAGAAAAAAAUUAUUAUAAUUUUAAACGUAUAAAAUGGCAUUAUUUUUGGAUUCAAAUAUAAGUAUAUGUUUUUAUUACUUAGGUACAUUUCUAACGGUCUAUGUAAUUUUAUGGCUGUAUAAUGACUGUAUGUAAUACAGUUAUGAUCAUUACAUGAAAUAACAUAACAAUAAUAUUUUAUCGUUUGUGGACAUGUGGUACGAGACGAAUUAUAUAAUUCGGUUCAUCUCACCCGUGUUUAAUGUAUUCAUCAAAUUGUAAAACAUAAUAUGAUGACUGACAAAAAUGUGAUUAUACACGCGUGUUUAUCAUAAUUUUUAUAUCAAGUUUUAACCUUUAGAAAAUAAUAAUAAAUUCCAAGCUGCUCAAAUAAAAGUUAAAUCAUCAUUAGCUCUUAUAUGUUUUCUCUCUCUCACUCUCUUUCUCUCUCUCUCUCUCUCUCUCUCUCUCUCUAAAAUAUGUAUUCCAUCGCCUUAAAAUGACACAUCACAACUUAAAUUAAUUAAAAAUAAAAAUUUCUCAAACAUAAAUAAAAUAUUAUUGUUAUUAAUAUAUUGAUUUUUUUAAAGAAAAAUACUAUAUCACAUGUUUAUUUUUCUUAAUUUAAAUUAUGCUUAAACCAUAUAGGCGCAAAAGGACAUUUUAGAACACUUGGCCUCUUAAAAAAAAUGCCAUCAAAGUUGUUAUUUAUUUUUUUUUUUUAAACAAAUUUAUUAUUAAAUGUAAAAUAAAUCUUUAACUAUUCAAAUAAUCUUUAUAAUAUUAGUAUAGCUCUAAUAUAUUAUCUAGUCAUCUGCACGCGGUACAAUGCUAUUUUUAUGCAACUUAUGAUACUUCAAUAUCAAUAAUAUUGGGUUACUAUUUCAAGUCGACGAAAUCUAAGUGUAAUAUGCACCGGUUGUGUCGGAGGUUUAUAAUAAAACCUAAAGAAACUCAUUCGUAUAAACUAAUCCUACGACUAAUGAAAACUUUUAUUUCCUAAAAUAUAGUUUUGAUUCAAAACUAAUUAUGUUUAACAGCCAUACAUAUUAUUAUUUAUUAUAUUAACUGUCUUGUCUUUAUCUUAUGAUCAUAUAAAAUAUAGUUAACAUAUUUUCAGCGUUAUAACUUUAACAAAAAGUCAAUAAAAACAAUAUUUUUUUUAAGAACAUAUUAUAAAAUACGAUAAGCCUUAUAAACAAAUCAAUAAAUCUAUUAUUAUUAUUAAAUAAAUAAAUAAUUAUUAUAAAUGUUAAUCGAAAUAUUGUAUACUAUCUUACAUACUACUAUACUAGUUUAUUUUACUUAAGAAAAUACCAAAUAAAGCAUCUUUUAAAUUCUUUUUCUAGAAGUGUCAAAGUUGUUAAAUAUUUAUUUAGUUCAAUUAUUUUUAUGAAUAUUUGAAAUGCGUUAAUACAUUUUUCUCGAUAUAAUCGAGUAAAUUAAAUACAUGGCGAGUAUGCUUAAAAAUAAACGCCUACCUAUCACCUAAUAUUAAUAACACACUAGUAUUAUUAUCUAUUACAUAAUUGUGUAGAUUAUAUACAUAUACCCACAUAUUUAAAAAAAUUUCUGAACGUCUUUUCAUUAGAUAUAAGUUUAUACUUUUUAUUUAUUUAAGUUCUAUGUUAUUAAUAACUAAGUGUUUAUACACCGCUGGUUUUAAACUCUUAUGUAGUGAGUGUACUUAUUAUACAAAAAUAUACGUUUUGUCAACUAUACAUAUAUAUCCAAAUUUAUUGUGGAAUUAUAUUAUUAUUAUAGUGUUGGUAUUAUGUAACAAAAUGAAAUAUGAUUUAAAUAAACAUAUUGUUUGCAAUAUUAUACCUAUAUAGUCAA